CAACAACCAACCAAAGAGAAACAUUCACUAUGAAGAACUGUCUCAUAGUUUUUAUUUAGUUUUAGUAAUUAUUACGGGACGUGAAGCAGAAGUGAGAGUUUAUAAUUAAUAGUAAAAUAAAUUACUAAAAUGACCAUUAACAGGAUAAUAGCGUAUUCUAACCUGAUGUUCCAAUGCACGCGUACAAACCCAAUGAUAGUUAAUAAAUUUAACAUUUUACAUGUAAACAAGUGCAGAUUCCUUACAACAGAUCACCCAAAACACAACAAGGCCCUCAAGACCGAAAAAGAAAAAUUAAGAAUGUUUGUUGUUCAAAGAUACAUAGAUUAUGUAAAAAAUUAUACAAAAUUCUUAGAAGUCAGAUUUCCUACAGCAAUGAAAAUGUAUCGAGUAUUCAGUGUUGGAAUUAAAGAUUUCCUUAGAGACUUGAAGACUUACAUAUCAUUAAGGAUAAGGGUAACUAGAGACGAAGGUUUCAAAAAGAUGAGCCGCCAAGAAAUAGAACUGUACCAAAAAAUGCCUGCAGAUAUGUGGAGGAUAGCUCCUGUAUUAAUACUUUCUGCUAUUCCCUUUGGCAAUUAUGUUAUAUUUCCUUUAGCGUUUUUGAAGCCAAAAUCUCUUUUGUGUUCUCACUUCUGGUCUAUUCAACAAAGAAUAGAGUUCUCCCUUCAAGAUUUAACAGAGAAAUUGAGGCAUAAUAAACCAGUAUUUCGGGCGUUACAAGCAAAAUUAGAUCUGAUACCUGACAGUACACUGAAAAACAAAUGGAGGAGAGUGUUAGCAUUACUAGGCUCAGGUGUCCAUCCAACUCCAGAAGAUAUAUUAAUGUGUAAAGAACUUUUUAUAAAUGGAACAUACCAUUUAAACAGUUUAUCCUAUAACCAUUUGGGUCAUUUAUUGAAAAUGCAUGGUCUGAAGAAAACAAUAUUUCGAGUCAAUAAAUUAAAAUACAGAGCAUUUCUGCUAUUAGAAAUGGACAAGGCGAUACUUAGAGAAGGUGGUGUUGAUAACUUAAACACUGAAACGUUGAGAUAUGCAUGUUUCUUGAGAGGGUUGAAUGGUAGCCAUCUUACAAACAACAACAUGAGGGAAUGGUUGAAAAAAUGGUUGUAUAUUUCAGAAAAUUUAGACAAAAAUUGCUAUUCACUGUUAUUGCAUUGUCCUAUACUUUUGGCUUACAAUCAUCCACAGAAUUGGGUGUUGAUAUAUUAAAUAUAUCUUAACAAAAUUUAACAAGUUCUUGUUGAAAAAUAUGAGUGUUGUGUAAUAUGUACAUUAAUAUGAAAUUGAAGUCAUUAGUCAUUUGUUAUCAGUAUUCUCGUAACUGCAGAGCAUACCUGAAUAUUUUUUUAAUUAUAAACUUUUAAUAUGUUUGUUAUUAAUGAUUUUGCUAAAAGCUGUCUGUUAUUUAUUGUUAAGCUUUAUGUCGAUUAGCAAAGCGAUUUUUAGGGGUGACUGUGAAUGUUUUCAACAUAUUAUCCUGUUGUAAUUUCUUUAGUUUAUUUAUCACCCAUGUUAAAGGAUAUGACAAGUAAUAAUAAGUAUGUAUACACAUGUUUUUAAAAGCUAUGCCUCUAUUUUAGUUACUUUGACGAUCCAGAACUGCUUAAAUAUUGAAAUUAAAAAACAUACUUAAACUAAAUUGAACAUAGCAAAAGCUUAUAAAUAUUUUUCAAAAGUGAGAUUGAAGAGAACAUUGUAACUCGCUAAGUACCUUUCAAGACAAAAUGUGCAGUGGCGUAUAAGAGUAGGUUUAGCCGCCCGGUGCGGAGCUAAAAUAUGAAAACCGGGAUAUUCCCUAAACAUAGUAAAAUUUGCCUUACUUCGCCCGGCUACGCUAUCCCACCGAAUGUGUGAAGCUUAGAAUAAUAAUUUAUAUAAAACUAGCAGACCCGACAUACAUUGUUCUACAUGAUGAAAAUAAGUUAAAGAAAUCCUAAAACUCAACAGCGGAUAGAGUUAUAAGUUAAAAUUGGUUUUAACUACCAACUAAAUUUCCUAAUGUUACUAACUCACUGGCAUUGCCUUUUCUUAAUUUCUUUCUAAGUCGACUGUCAUUCUCAUGCUAUGGCGUUACCACGAGAAAUAGGUAUACAUUUUUAUAUAUUGACCACAGAUAUGUAAAUUAUUAUUCUAAGGUGGCUUUGUAAGGUGAUGACAACGUCCUCGCCCGCAACCGCGGCGCAAAAUUGUAUGGCCUUUAUACUAUGUACCUAAACCAUAGUUGUAACUAAACUUAGUAUUGAGACUAACUACACAAAUUUUAUGUUUUUCUAAAAAUUUUAACGCAUCUUUCAGAUGGUUUAAAUAAUAUGCAGAUAUAAGCAGACCUACGAACCGACAUCAAUAAAUAAGUUGAGUAACUGAACAUUUGUUUAUUUUAAAGUAGGACCAAU